AUGACAGAAGCCCUGACAAACACUGAUCUACAAGGCGCACUGCCUCUUGUUGCUCGCGGCAAGGUUCGCGAUCUUUACGAGGUUGACGAUAAGACUUUACUUUUCGUUGCGACUGAUCGCAUCUCUGCCUACGAUGUGAUAAUGGAGAAUGGAAUUCCUAACAAGGGUGUUCUUUUGACUCUUUGUACCAAGACCUGGUUCAAGAUCCUCUCGGAUGCUGUCCCCGGACUGCGCACACAUUUCAUUACCCUCGAUCUCCCACCCACUAUCCCAGAUUCCCUUCGACCCGUGCUGCAGAACCGGGCAAUGCAAGUUCGUAAGCUGCGGAUUCUUCCUAUUGAGGCAAUCGUUCGUGGAUACAUCACUGGGUCUGCUUGGAAGGAGUACCAGAAUUCCGGGACGGUGCACGGCAUUUCAGUUCCUGCUGGUCUCAAAGAGAGCGAGGUUUUCCCCAACGGGCCAAUUUAUACCCCAAGCACAAAGGCCGAGCAGGGGGAGCAUGAUGAGAACAUCCACCCAGACCAGGCUACCGCCAUUCUUGGAGAGCCUUAUGCGUCGAAAGUCGCCGAGCUGGCAGUGCAGCUGUACAAAGCUGCUCAUGCCUAUGCACUCGAGCGUGGCGUGAUUAUUGCCGAUACCAAGUUCGAGUUUGGUGUUGAUGAAGAGACAAACGAGGUUGUAUUGGCUGAUGAAGUUCUCACCCCGGAUUCCUCUCGUUUCUGGCCUAAGGAUUCUUAUGCUAUUGGAAAGGGGCAAUCAAGUUUCGAUAAGCAGUAUCUUCGUGACUGGUUGGUCUCCCAGGGUCUGAAAGGGAAAGAGGGCGUCCGAAUGACACCCGAGGUUGCGCAGCAAACCGCUGCCAAAUAUAAGGAGGCUUGGGAGAUGAUCACUGGCGGUAAGUAA